AAUCUAACCAGUCUCUCAGAAUUCUUCCUCGUGGGCCUCUUGGAUGAUCCAGAACUGCAGCCUUUGCUCUGUGUCCUGUUCCUGUCCAUGUACCUGGUCACCAUGCUGGGGAACCUGCUCAUCAUCCUGGCCAUCACCUCUGACCCCCACCUCCACACCCCCAUGUACUUCUUCCUCUCCAACCUCUCCUUGGCUGACAUUGGUUUCGUCUCCACCACAGUCCCCAAGAUGAUUGUGAACAUCCUAACUCACAGCAGAGUCAUCUCCUAUGGGGGCUGCCUGACACAGAUGUCUUCUUUUAUCCUUUUUGGUUGUAUGGAUGGUGUGCUGCUGUCUGUGAUGUCCUAUGACAGGUUUGUGGCCAUCUGUCACCCACUGCACUACCCGGUCAUCAUGAACCCACGCCUCUGUUUCUCUUUAGUUUUGGUGUCUUUCUUUGGUAGCCUUAUGGACUCCCAGGUACACAAUUUGAUUGUGCUACAACUUACCUGCUUCAAAGAUGUAGAAAUUUCUAAUUACUUCUGUGACCCUUCUCUGCUCCUUAAGCUUGCCUGUUCUGACACUUUCACCAAUAAUAUAAUCCUGUAUUCUACUGGUGCCAUUUUUGCUUUUGUCCUUGUCUCAGGGAUCUUUUUCUCUUAUUACAAAAUUCUUUCCUCCAUUUUGAGAGUCCCGUCAUCAGGUGGGAGGUAUAAAGCAUUCUCCACCUGUGGCUCUCACCUGACAGUUGUUUGCUUAUAUUAUGGAACAGGCCUUGGUAUGUACCUCAGCUCAGCCAUCUUACAAUCUCCCGGGAAGGAUUCACUGGCCUCAGUUAUGUACACUGUGGUCACCCCCAUGCUGAACCCCUUCAUCUACAGCCUGAGGAACAGAGAUAUCAAAAGGGCCUUGUGCAGAUUCCUCAACAAAACAAUCUAA